GUCAUGUCCGAAUGUGUAUUUAUUUUUGUGACAUCUCUAUAGAAAAAUGUCUGUUUUAUUUCAAACAGUUAUAAAUACAGGAAAACUCUUUUCAUUUAGUAAAGUAUUAAAUGCGUCGCUUUCAAAAUGCAAAUGCUUGUCUUUGAGAAAAUAUUCAGACCUUCCAAAGAAACUCGUUGGUUUUGAUGAUAUUGUGGCACAGAGGCGAGCGGAGGCGAAACGCAGUAUUAUAGUUCAAGUAAACUCUGAUUCUUCAUUCAACGAAUUGUAUUGUUAUUGCUCGAAAUAUGCAGAUAUCAAUGGAAUACAUCACUAUAGAAACUCUGGAGGAGAGCAUUUUAUGCUUGUCGAAUUUAAAUCAGAAGAGUGCGUUAGAGAUGUAUUACGGAAUUGUGGUUCUCAUCAGAGAGAUGUUGAUGUUAUGCCAUCAAAUUCUCCCUUUUUGUGGUUUAGAGCGGUUAGUGGUAAAAAAGAGACCUCCAUGGCACAAGCUCAGACUCUCUUGAUAAAAGAUGGCAACACUCUAAUUGACGAUGAGGAUCUCUAUGAAGAGCUCAUGAAAUGUUCCACAGUUUCAGAGCAGAUAGAACAAUUAUAUGAAAAGACUAGAUUGAAUGACCUGGGGGUGAGACUGAGGUAUAUGGUUGCUAGACAUCUAGAAGUUUUAUUUAGUAGCUUAUAUACAAACGUUGAGGUGAGACCUUUUGGUUCAUCUGUAAAUGGUUUCGGCAAGAUGGGAUGUGAUCUUGAUUUAAUUUUGACUAGUUCAAUUCCUGAGAAAAUGUGUGGGGUGGACAGACGUCUAGUGUACCAGGAGAAGCGUUGCGGGGGCAGGCAGGAGUCGUGGCGGCGCCAGCUGGAGCUGGCCGCCGAGGUGAUGGAGGCGCGCGCGGCCGGGGCGAGGCGGGUGCUGCGGGUGCUCCACGCCAGGGUGCCCAUAGUCAAGUUCUCACAUCAGCUCACCGGCCUGGAGUGUGACCUCUGCUUCAAUAACUUCUCACCGGCCUGGAGUGUGACCUCUGCUUCAAUAACUUGUGAGUACUGUAUACUGCGGGUGCUCCACGCCAGGGUGCCCAUAGUCAAGUUCUCACAUCAGCUCACCGGCCUGGAGUGCGACCUCUGCUUCAAUAACUUGAGCGGCGUCCGCAUGUCCGCAUGGCUGUACGCGUGCGGAGGCCUAUCCCCGGUAGUGCGGCCCCUCACGCUGUCGGUGAGGCGCUGGGCCUCCGCCGCGGGCCUCACGAGCCCCCACCCGGGCCGCUGGAUCACCAGCUUCCCCCUCUCCCUGCUGGUGCUGUUCUACCUGCAGCAGAAACGGGUGCUGCCACCGCUUAAGACACUCCUGCGUGACGCCGGUGAAGAAGACGGUCGAUUAGUCGACGAUAAUGGAAUGUGCACCUUCCUACGUGAUUUGAACGAGCUGCCACCAGACUCGUACGGACAAUGCGACGUUAACUUGGAGACACUACUGCUGCAAUUCUUCGAAUUCUAUGCCCAGUUUGACUUCCAAGAGAAAGCCAUCUCGCUGAACCUUGGAGCAGCAGUCCGGAAACCUAAUUCGCAGCCGUUGUACAUCAUAAAUCCCCUGGACCAAUCGUUGAACGUCAGUAGAAACGUCAGCUAUGAAGAAUGCCAAAAGUUACAAGUCGAAGUUAGGAAUGCUGCGUGGCAGCUGGAAGCGGAAAUGGAAGGACGAAAGGGAGAAGACUGGGGCCUCCUUGGCCUUUUUGAAAAGAAAGCAUCCAGGAAUCUCAAAAAGCUAGUGAGAAUGGGCAACUCACAUAGGCUUGUUUCCAUAAAGGAUCUCUUUCAAGACACUGACGAAACACCGGAUAACGGUUUGAGGAGUAAACUACAAGGACUGACGGAAAAGAGUGAUAAAGAAAUAGAGAAUAGUGUGAAAGAGAUGAAAGAUGAGUUGACUAAGGAGCCAGAGAAAGUAAAAGAAACUGUGAGGUUUAAAAAUAGGCAGGUCGCUAGUGAAGUGUACAGAAUACGGAGAGACAAAAUAUUAUAGAAUAUUGUGUCAGUGAUUUGUGUGAUGUCGUAGAGCUCGGUUGUUAUCUCUUGAAGAAUAUUAUUGUGUAAUGUAUUGUGCUUGUGAAGAACUCGUCGAACCAAAAAAAGAAAGGAGUGUUGGUAAUAUACCUGUUAAUAUUAUUUUGUUCAUUUCCCAUAACAAUGUGAUCAUAUUCUGUAUAUAAACCUAUUUGUAAAUAGCUUAUGUUAGCUAUUAUUGAUAGAUAUUAGAAAUUUCUUUGUUUGUUAUUAUAAAAAGAAGGAUGAAAAAAGUUAUAAUCAAUAAAAAAACCUAGACAG